UCGUUCAUAAUUCUGGUGGCUGGGGAGUCGCCCCCGUGUUUACCAAGCAAUUGGCGCAUCCGAACUACCGGUAUCCAUCAGGAUGCCCACAGUUUAAUAGCGUACUGGUUACUACAAAACCGUGUUUCGCGAUUGCCAAAGUCCAAGAAAAUAAUAUACUACGCAAGGAUUCUAUAUUGGGAGAUUCGUGCUGGGACCAUCGCGCGUGAAGGGUUGUGCAUGAAAGUUCAGGUUCAUCGUGCCUUUGGCGGUAUCAUUGAUAUCUUCCGCCAAGUUCUACUUCAAGAACAAUAACAAACGAAGCCCCUGCUAGUGCUUAUCUCUUUCUUUCUGGUAGCAUCAGCUUGCCUUCUUAUGUACCUGGAAAAAGCUUAAUAAGUUUGCCGCGAUGAGCAGCAUCUCCUUGCGUGGAUGUUCUCUGGAGCUUUUCAUCAACUCACCCGGUUCCCGUCUAGGCCAAUGGUCCCAAUUCCAUUCCUUUUCAUCCCCUAAUUUACUUUCUAGCAGAUGUGUCGCAACAUUCUUCGGUAUCUCUCGUCACGAUUGAAGGUAAUGUAUCCUUAGGUAGGUACCUCAUUACCUAGGGAGCAGAGCUUUACCCCGCCACGCCCGCCAACCGAACCUUGUGCUUAGCGAACUGGGGCUCAACCCCAAGAAAACCGCAAUGACGAACUUCCAAGCCUCUACCGGUCUUGGGACAUUGAACGACCUCCCUACUUAGGCAUAGUAUCACAGAGUUCACAAUCUUGAACCCUCACGAACCGCGUCGUAGCCUUGAAUGGAGUGGCUCUCUCCAAGCAUCCUUCCCAGAAUUCCGGCACAUAAAGUGGACUGCUUGUGAGAUGCAUUUCUCUUUCCUCCCACCUUCUCUCCAUCUCUUACGCAUCCCCUCAAUCUCUUAUGCCAUUGUGAGGUGAAACUUCUGGCAAUAAUCGUACGCCAUCAUGUUUGGAAUCGUCAAGAUGCCUGUCCGUCUCUCCGCGCUGCUUUCUGUCGGUUUUGCGGUUGCUGCUGCUGCCUCCAACAAAACAAUCGCCGCCGCUGAGAUAACAUCUCGGGAGUCGCACAUUUUGUCCGGUCCGCUGCGUGUCACCGAACUUACUUUCAGCGUGCCGUUGAACUAUGAUGAUCCAGAGGGCGAGAAAAUCACCCUUUUCGGUCGAUCUGUCGCCAACUACGAGGUUCCCAUCGUACCUUCAGACGAAGAGGAGGAAUCUCUUCCGUACUUGGUCAUGUUAGCUGGCGGACCCGGAUUUGGAAACCCAGAGCCACAGAACGCCCCUCUGACCAGUAUGGCUCUCGAGCAAGGUUAUCAGGUUCUUUAUCUCGAUCACCGUGGCACUGGCUUGAGUACACCCGUUUCCACAAACAUGCUGAAGGAGCGGGGUGGCGAAGAUGCUCAGGUUGACUAUCUUCGACUCAUGCGCCAGGACAAUACAGUCAAUGACUGCGAGGCUGUGCGAAAAGCUUUGAACGAGGGCAUGUCCGAAAACAAGGCGAAAUGGUCAAUCUUUGGCCAAUCAUAUGGCGGAUUCGUCGCCCUCAGCUACCUUUCCUUCCAUCCCGAAGGUCUUAGAGAGGUAUUCUUGACCGGCGGAUUAGCUCCUGUUGGCAAAACCGCAGAGCAAGUAUACCAGGGCUUGUACCCGCGUGUUAUGAAGCAAAACUCCAUAUUUUACAAGAAAUAUCCCGAGGACGUCGCAAAUGUCCGCCAAAUUGCCGGAUUUAUCGAGAAGCAGGGCGGAAGCGUCGAUCUCCCAGCUGGCGGAAGCCUAACUGUCCCUCGCCUUAUGACUAUGGGCAUUGACUUCGGUGGUGCCGGUGGAUUCGAAAACGUUCAUGCAACCAUCAAGAAGAUGAAAAUGUCCUUGGAUCAAUUCGGUUUCCUCACCCGCGCCUCUCUCACCCCAAUGGAGACUUUCACGACCUAUGACGACAACAUCAUCUACGCUAUUAUCCACGAGGCUAUCUACUGCGAUGGGCCCAAUGAUGCCUCUAACUGGGCUUCUGACCGCGUCGCUAGGGACCAGAAUCUCUUCUCUUGGUUGUCCUCGAACGGCUCUGUUUCCACCAACUCGAGCGAGCCCCUUCUCUUCGCGGGCGAGAACAUCUUCCCCUUCUUCUUCGACACGUACCCAGAACUCAUUCCACUCAAGGGCGUCGCCAACAAGCUCGCUGCCAUCGAUGAUUGGACCCCCAUCUAUGACGAGGAGCAACUGGGCAAGAACGAUGUUCCUGUGUACGCUGUCUCUUACAUCGAUGAUUUAUACGUCGAUUAUGAAUAUGCGAAAGACACGGCGAAGCUUCUUAAAAAUGUGAAAACGUGGGAAACUAAUGGCAUCACUCACUCAGGUCUGAGGACAAACACUGAAGAGGUCCUAACCGCAUUGUGGAAACUUCGCAACGAUGUGUGA